AGCUACUUUACUUCUCUUUUCAAAUUCUUAAGUGAUCAAUCGAUACACUUGUCGAAUUCAUCUUUCUGAUUUUGGUGUAUUUUUCAGUUGUGGGCUUAUUCUCCUGCCUUGAAGCAUAUCCUUUUUCUGUUUAUUAUUGCUAACGUAAUCACGACAGUAUUUAAAAAAAAUGGCUUCAGCACAACAAAUCCGAGAUGGCUUAUUUUCGAUUUCAUGGAAUACUACUGCACCACCCAACAACCAGCAGCAAAUUAGUGAAGUAAAAAAUCUGGUGGAUGUUUUUAAAUUUUGCAAACUCAGAUUUACAAGGAGUGGAGUUAAUGCAGUCCUUGUAAUAGAAAUCAAUUUCUCCGAUGCAUUUAAGGCAAUCAAAACGGAACAAAUGCUUGUUGUGCUCUCGAAAAAUGGUGUCAAACAUAAAAUGGCAAAAAAUCAAUCGAAAUGGACAGCUUCCUGGAAGGAAUCUAAUUGCCAAUACUGUCCCUCACACAGUUCUUGCUCACAAUGUGGAGUAAACCCUGUUGCUGUAAUCAGUUUUGAGAUUCUCAUUGAUUUAAAUUUGUGUUCUCUUAAAAAAGGAUCACAACAUGUUCUUGAUCACUUGCUGAAUCUGUGGAAAACUAAGACAUUGGCUGAUGUUGAAUUCCAAUGCGAUGGAAAAUCAAUCAAAGCUCACACCUUGAUCCUGGCUUCUGGUAGCCCUAUUCUGGCUGCCAUGUUUGAAAAUGACUUUAAAGAAAAGCAAGAAAGAGUUGCCAACAUCACGGACAUCAAAGCCAAUAUUUUUGAAAAUCUUUUGCAACAUAUCUACACUGGAGAGGUCGCCCUGGAAACUGAAGUGGAAGAUGUAGCCGAGUUGCUGAUUGCUGCCGACAAGUACGCCGUUGAAACAUUGAAAGAAGAAUGUGCAGUGUUCUUGACAAAAGAUUUAAAGGUUGAAAACGCCGCACGUUAUCUAGUGUUGGCUCACCUUCAUAAUUCGACCGUGCUUCACGAGGCUACACUUCAGUUUAUGUCGGAGAAUGCUAAAGCCGUUUGCUCUCGCAAGGAUUGGAUGGAUAUCAUCAAGAAUUAUCCGGAGCUCUGCUUUCAAGCUACGCAGCUUAUGGUCGGCCUGUGAAAAUAUUUCGCCUUACGAAGAUUGCCGAAAAACUGGAUUCCAAAAGCAAGAAAUCAAUCAAGACACUUUUGUGAUAUUAUGAUAGUGUUGUGCUGUGGCUGAUUUUGAGUUAUCCAUUUUCUAGGAAUAUUCUUAGAUGAUGAGCAAUACAGAAAGUUUGAUUUGCAA